CCGCCAGCUGCGGGGCAAAAAAAUGGGGCCGAGGCGAUGUCGUCUGUUGUCCAUUUGACUUUUUGUGGCUAAGUCAUCUAGAUACUCGCUACUUUUCUAGAUGUCUCAUGAACAAUAGCUCUGAAUACGCUGAACUUAAGCAAAGUUACAAUCAAUCGUGAGCUGCACGCCUACUAUUCAGCGACACACGUCCAUCGUGUACGUGUCACGUUCUAUUUUGAGACUUCGCUUCGACUGUGUGCAAAGGUGUGAUCGUCGCUCCUGCACUUGUUUACCUUCCAUGUGAAUGUGCUUGCGAAGUUAGAGGAUACAUGUGAUGACGUAUACACAGCAAGUUUGAUUCAUUUAGUAAGAAACCAAUCAGUUUCCCUCUUCGAAGAUAAUGGCCUUCAAAAGGUUAUCAGGUAGUACAGUGAGAGUAUCACAGCUCGCUGAAAAACUCUUGCAGAACGAGACAGUUCUGUAUGAUUUAUUUGGAGAACUGAUGGACUAUCAUUGCUCCAUCGAGAGAAGCAGUAUAGCAAGUGGUAACAUCUUAGUGACCCACGGAGACCCCAAGACGGUGGAAGAGGUCAUCCACAAAGUGGUCAUCGAAACUGAAGUGCUCGAUGAUAGAAAUGACAAAAGUUUCUUAAGAGUCUUGAACUCGCUAAAGGAAAAAUACCGUGGACAGUUUGAAGCAGAAUUGGAGCGAAGCAGUUUCACGUUAAAAAUUGCUUUUCACAGACAGAUUAACAACGAAAUUGUGCGAAGUAUCAUGCCUUUCGUAAAGAAAAAUCGUCUGCAACGUCAUCUUGAACUUUCUCGGGCGCUUUUUCUAAGCGGCACCAGAGGUCAGAAAGAGGUCAUUCGAAUAGCAGAAGAACAUCAUUGUCAGAUCUCUGUCAUUUUACCUGGCUAUCAGGUGUUGGUGCGGGCUGAGUAUCCUAGAGGACAUCAGCUGCUUCUGUGCGAAGGCAACAUGGCUGCCACAGAUUGCGGUGUUGUAUUGCUUCCUUUCAGUGAUAAUCACAGAAAUUGGUCGCCUACCCACAAACAGAUUCUCGAAAGAGGUCUUCUCACAGAUAAGUACGAGUUGUAUUCCAAACAUAUGUGCGGCUUUUCCAAAGCUCGAACCUUGAAGCUUCAGUCUCAGAGGCCGAAUGAUAGGCAGGCGAUCGUGCUACUUCAUGUUCCUGACAAACUGGUCCUUCACUCACUUUUGGCGGAAGGACUGGAGGAGUGUUUAAAGCUGUCAUUUACACGUGAAGGAUGCAUAGCUCUCCCUGUUGCCAUGAGGACUUGGCAAUCUCUCGAAGAGAAUAUGAAAACCAUUGUUAAUGUCGUCCAAGAUCGCUUAGACGAAGAAGAAAACGCCACAACCAUCGUUCUCUACCUGGAGAAGUCGUCUGCUGAUGUGAGGCAGAAGCUCGUGGAAACACUGGAAAAGACACUGAGUGCACGCUGGAAGAUAGAGACAGACCGUGUUGCUGUUUACGAAGAGACCAUCUCGUCACCAACUCUUGUCAUUGUUGGCGAGACGAGAGCUGCGGAGACAACAUUCACAAAGUUGCAGACCAUGUAUGUACCCAGCGACUUUCAGGAACGCUCAUCUUUACUGGGCACUGUGAUGAAACCUGGAUUGAACCUGUUUACUGUCUCUUCUCCUAUGAUUUCAAAUUUUGGAGCCGAAAGUGAUGCAAAGGUUACGGUGCCGAAUACUAAGAGCAAGAACCGGAACAGUGAGGACGAGACUCAAGGGAAGCCGGUUAGCUUUACUCCAGCAGAGCCGCCUUGCCGUAACCUUAACACUGGACCUCCUAAAGUCUCCCAGAAGUUCGAGGUUGCUAGAGGUACCCACUUGAGUCUGGAGUCACCUGCUGUGGGCAGAGCUGGUCAUGACAAUAAUGACAGUAAGAAAAACUCAGUAAUCGAAAAGCUGGGGUCAGAGGUUGUUAACAGACUUGAGCAGAGCAAAGACGAACUUCGGCGACUGUCAACUGAACUAGGUCAAAUUUCUGGAAAAUUUAAGUGGAAACGACCAGAUAGCAUUAUUGUUACUGCAACAAAGCCUGAUAUACCUGAAGACUGGUGUGAACAGGUGAUGAAGAAGUUAGACAAGUAUAGGCAUGUUACCGAAGUGAACCCUGACAAGGUAGUGACCCCAGCGGAUGAAAGGGAGUUACCAAAGCGUAAGCGACCAGCAGUAGCUACAGCAACAAAUGAAGCGCCUAAAAGAAAGCGAUAAACCUAGAAUUAAAGAUUCUUAAUCAGUUUGAACACCUUGGCUCAUGCAAACAAAACCGAAUCGAAGAGAGAACAACGUCACUCCUAGAGACACAAGACUAGGAACUCCAAAAAAGUCUUAAGUGUAAAGCAGAUGAACUUUAUGCUGAUUUUUAACUGAUUUUAUAGUUUUUAUUAUUUUGAUAGCUGUGUCAGAUAUGAGAGGAAAGUUGCCUAGUAGUUGUAGCGAUGGCGUGUUCACUACCCUGUGCAAUACCCGUGUGAUAUCUCGGAAUGUGUAGCUGAUUCGAUAGGUUGGGAAAGGUAUCAUGGGCACCACUCUCGCUACAGCUAUCCCUGAGAGUGAGGACUAACACCUAAUUUCCCUUACAACCUUAAGGUCACGUGUUUACCUUUCCCUUGUUAUAACUACCCUUGACACGCUAAGUACAAUUACUUUUGUAUUUAACUGUAACCCGCCAUCAGUUAUUAGACCUUGAUCUUGUACUCGUUAGAGAUUGGUCUUGUUUAUGUUUCACUCUUUUAUAACAAAACAGAUCCUAACAAAUUCAUAUUAAAGGAUCUUUCUAUUUUUGCGAAUGCUACAUUUUGAGAAAAAACAUAAUGCAAACAUUCUUUUUAAAGAUAGAAUAACAAACGCAUUUUUAAAAUGCUCGAUGUUUAUUAAAACGAAAGGACUUGUCCAUUAAAUACGUUUUGCUGAAAAGAGAACUGUUAAAAACUCGUUUCUACUUAAUAAAUGAAUGAAUAUAAAAA